UAUGUGAAAUAACAACUCGGCCAGCUCUAUUUUUCUCACUUGUUUAAGGUUGUUUUCGAAAUCUAAAAAUGAUCCAAAAUGUUUGAAAUUAUAAGUCUCAUAACAUGUUAGAAUGGAAUUACGUAUUCAGCCCGUUGGAAGUCAACAGCAUGUCCCAGUUCCUAAUAUUCGUUUUUACAGAAAUGAAGAUCAUGUACUACAAGAAUUACAUGGAGGUUAUCAUCUAGGAAAGUGGCGUGAUUGCAUCGUUGGAGUACUUGACCUCAAUGGUAUUCUUCGUCAAAUAUAUGAUUCUGAGCGGAAAGAGGUUAUGGUAGACCCUAAUAUGAAUAUUAUUCGACUAACCAAAUUUCAAAUUCGGCAACUACCUUAUGGUCGUCGCCUUCCUCAACGUAUGGUUGUUGUGGCGGAUUUUGAAUACAAUUUCCAUUAA